AAGCCAGGAGUCCAAGCGACACCGUUUUCCUCUUCCUUCUCAUCCCGCUAAACACAGCACACAAAAAAAGAACUCGCAGAAGCAAAACCCUAGAACCCAAACAAGAGAAGAAAAAGAAACCCAAAUAUGGCAAUUGCCCGGACCGGAGUCUACGUCGACGAUUACCUUGAGUAUGCAAGUACAUUGCCAGCUGAGCUUCAAAGGCUUCUGAAUACUAUCAGAGAACUCGAUGAACGAUCCCAUUCGGUGCAUGCAAUUUUUAUUGAAAUUAAUGUACACUUCCAUCCAAUUCCAUCAAUGAUAAACCAAACCAGACAGCAAACAAAUUACUGUUUGGGAUUGGCAUUACAAGGCUCAAGGAGAGGGAAUGGUACUUAUAAUAACAGCAAUAAUGAAGAGGAUGAUGCUGUUGAGAGGAUGAGAAAGGAUAUUGAGGCAAAUCAGGAUAACGCAUUGAGUUUAUGCACUGAGAAAGUUUUGCUGGCACGGCAAGCUUAUGACCUCAUAGACAGCCACAUAAAACGUCUGGAUGAAGAUCUGAACAACUUUGCUGAGGAUUUGAAGCAUGAGGGAAAAAUAUCAGCAGAUGAGCCAGCAAUACUUCCUCCACAACCUCUAUUAGUCCCUAAAAAUGAAAAACGCAGGUCCUUUUAUGGAACACCUCAAUCAAAAAGGAUUGAUUUCAGGGAGAGAGAAUGGGAUCGAGAACGUGAUAGGGAUUUUGAGCUCAUGCCUCCUCCAGGGAUUAAGAAGGACUUCAAUGUCCCUCUUGAUGUUGAUCAGCCCAUCGAUCCAAAUGAACCUACUUACUGCGUCUGCCAUCAGGUGUCUUUUGGAGAUAUGAUUGCCUGUGACAAUGAAAAUUGCGAGGGAGGUGAAUGGUUCCAUUACGCAUGUGUUGGUCUGACACCAGAAACAAGGUUCAGGGGAAAAUGGUAUUGUCCGACAUGCAGACUGCUACCUCAAUGUCAAUGAUAAUAUAUAUAUGUACAUGAAUUUGAUGAUUUCAGCUGCUUUCUUUAUUUGUUCCUUCUUGUUGGCAACACAACAUUAUGAUCAGUGAUUUAGUCAAUUAGAGCCAAGUUCUUUUGCAA